CCCCGCGCGGCCGCGGCCGACGCCGGCCCCCGGCGGGCGCGCUGGGAGCCGGGGCCGGGAGCCGGGCGGGCGCGCCGAGAGGCCCGGCGGGCGCGGGCGGCUCAGGAGUUGACUCACAUCAUUAUGGAGGCUGAGAAGUCCAAAAUCUUCAGGGUAGGCCAGCAGGCUGGAAAUCCAGGGAAGAGUUGAUGUCACAGUCUUGAGUCCAGAGGCUGUUUAAAGUCAUCAACUGAUUGGAUGAAGCCCAUCCAUAUUAUGAAGGGCUGGUUACUUUGUCUGGGUGCAGACCUCCUCACCACUGAGAGGGGAACCUGACAGCCUUGCUCUCCCUCUUAAGGUGUCCUUGAGUGCGUGUAGCAGGGAGUGGAAAAGGAGGAAGAGGAAAGAAAAUUGAUUAGGAAAGGUAUAUGAGUUGUGGACUUUCCCAUACCCGAGGUCAGAAUGCUGCCCCUCUGCCACGCUCUAGCUGUAGCUGUCAUCCAGAUCUUUAUCUUCUCAGAAAAUUGGGCGUUUGCCAAGAACAUCAACUUCUAUAAUGUGAGGCCUCCUCUCGACCCUACGCCAUUUCCAAACAGCUUCAAGUGUUUUACCUGUGAAAAUGCAGGGGAUAAUUAUAACUGCAAUCGAUGGGCAGAGGACAAAUGGUGUCCACAAAACACACAGUACUGUUUGACAGUUCAUCACUUUACCAGUCAUGGAAGAAGUACAUCAAUCACCAAAAAGUGUGCCUCCAGAAGUGAAUGUCAUUUUGUUGGCUGCCACCGCAGCCGUGAUUCGGAAUAUACAGAGUGCAGGUCUUGCUGUGAAGGGAUGAUCUGCAACGUAGAAUUACCCACCAACCACACGAACGCGGUCUUUGCUGUCGUGCACGCCCAGAGGACGUCGGGCAGCGGCGCCCCCACGCUUGGCCUGCCCGUGCUCGCCUGCGUCAUCGUGCUUCCCUUGAUCUGACGCCACCUUUCCUGGAAGGCGCAGGGAUCAGGCCGCUGAUGCACAAGCUAAAAACUGAACAGUGACCAUUUGUGUGAAGACUGGUCGUGCACUUGGAGAGUGCACACUGGACCGCAAAGCAGAAGCGGGUUGUUGACUUAGUGAAAAUGCUCCUGCAUGAGGCCUCAGGACCGAGGAAGGGGGUUGUGCAGGGGCUGGCUUCCAGGGCGGGCUCCAGGAGAAAGCGGCUGUAUCUUGUCCUUCUGCAGGGCGGAUCCUGCCCAGCCUGUGUUGUCCCCGCCUAGUCAGGCUGUGAGCUGAAAGGACUCCUUGAGCUCACUGACUCUUUUGGAGGCUGCUGGGUGAGACUCUGUUCUCUCUGUGAUUAGCUCAGAGCAUCUCGGAAAUCUAGCCCUUCCCCGUGAGAAAGCAAUUUCCCCACUGGUGGCACAGUCCAUGAGAAAGGUAACUAUGGGAAGAAAGCUUCAGUUGAACUAAUACGAAACCUCUUUGCUAAUUGUUGGGGGAAAUAAAGCCUUUAAAUUAUA